AUGGACUCUUCCAGACUGGUGGUCGUGCUGUUGCUGUCUUGCCUCUGCGUCGAAUUAGUGCCAGCCAACCAGGUUGGUGUCUGCAUCCGCAACUGCGCCCAAUGCAAGAAGAUGUUCGGUGCCUACUUCGAAGGACAGCUCUGCGCUGACACUUGCCUCAAGUUUAAGGGAAAGCUGAUACCAGACUGUGAAGACGUAGCUUCUAUUGGUCCUUUCCUGAACAGGAUUGACUAA